UAAUGGUGUCCCCUCACCCCUUUUUAACAACUCUUUAUGCUUUGUACAUUUGGAUGUUUGAAUACACCACAGGCAUGGGCUGUCCUCCACAGAAGACUCUUAUGAACGGGAAAUGCUGUGAACUGUGUCCUCCAGGCGAAUAUCUAAAGGAGUUCUGUACAGAAACAACUGAAACUGUCUGCCAACCUUGUCCUGACAACUCGUUCUCUGGACAACAUAAUGCUUUUGACAGAUGUGAGGAAUGUCAGGCGUGUCAAGGGGCUUACCAAGAACGUGAAAAGAAAUGUUCUCCAACCACAAAUGCAAAGUGUUCUUGUCGCCCUGGUUUCCUGUGUUUCGAUGAUGCGUGCUCACAAUGCAUGGAAAAUCCGUGUGCUGCUGGUGAGAAGGUGGUGAAGACAGGUGAUGGGCUAAUACCGCAGUACAACUGCCAGCCAGCAUGUCCUGAUCAUGAAUAUUUGGAUGAAAUGAAUAUCUGCAGAAAGCGGAUACAAUGCAACAAGGAAGAUCUUGCGAAGCAAUUUCGAGGAAACAGAACACAUGAUGCAAGCUGCCAUAGAAACGCUAAACAAUGGCUUGAUUUGUCACCAGACACUGACAAAAAUGCAGUUUGUGUGACCUAUUGCGUCGGAUGUGCUGUACUGGCUCUCCUUCUUCUCGUGAUCCUGACUCAUAAAUGUGUCAAAGUAGCGAAGAAACGUAGAGCAGAUAAAACCGUUGUUGUCACACCAUUGAGCCUAAAUGACACACACAUGUCCAAGGAGGAGAGUGGAUUCCACCAGCUCAUCAUCCAAACCGAUUCCAACAAAACACAUCUCCAGGAAAUAGUCACCACCUUGUCAUAGAGAUGACUAAAGCAAUGCAUUUACUUGGACUGGAUUGGGAACAACACAAAUACAGUAUAAUAACUCAAAUCCUAGAUUGGUGUGACACAAAUCAUGUAAAUAUUUUGUGCAGUUAUUGUUUAUUUGUAUUUACUUCAUGUGAUUUUAUACCUCACUUUUCUUUUCUGGGAAAAUGUUUUAAUAACAAGAAAACCAUAAUUUAAUUAACAUUAUACAUCCACUUCUUGCUGUUGCAACUUGUAUAAUUACUCAGUCUUUCAUUUUUAGUGGGUGUCAUUGUAACAGUCAUGGAAGAACAAAUAAAAACUCUCAACUGAACCAAGAUGAGAAUGUAAUUGUGAAUAUAUAAUUGUCUGUAUGAGGCCUAAAGACUUCAGUAGAAAGGCUGGGCCUUGCCUUUGCUUAAAGUCAACUAGAGUAGGCACCAGCACACUGAGGAUUAUUAUAGACAGGUUUCCUGAGUGAAACAUGGGCGGCGCCAUCUUUGACGUUUUCUGAUACGGGCUUCUGGUUUAGACAGAACAACAUGACGUGUGGUUGAUGUAAGCAGUGUGUAGACAAAGUUAAAACUGCAAAAUCAAACCAGAGGAACGCACGGAAUCUCCAUGAAAGGAUUCAGCACGACGUAGAAGCUCCAGGACUUUCUGUGUUGUGCGUUUGUUCUUAUCACUUUGUUGAUCGUUCGUGGACAAGAUUCUAACAUUCUGUGCAGCCUGUGUUAACAUAGGGUGUAGAUUGAUAUACUGGCCACAUGAGUGACCAAAAUGAGGCAAAAUUACAAAUAAUAUUAGUUGCCGAAUGAUGAAGGGCUGACACAGAUUUUGUUGUUAUAAGGAAAUACUACAAGGAAUUGUUCAUGUGUUCAGGUUAUGGUAUUAUAAGAUCAUCACACAUGUAUUGAUCGCAAUAAAACUUUUUAUUUUUAUUUUAUUUAUUUAUUUUUAUUAUUUUGUAGUAAAUUUCUAGUUUUAUUUAAAACGAUAGGUGCAUAUGCAAAACAGGUCAAUAAAUCACAAUUUAUAAAAUUAUUUAAAAAAAAAAAAAAAAAAAAAGGUGGAGCAUAAGGCGAGCCUUCCAUCAUCAAAGUAGAAUGCACAUUGUCUCGAUAUAUGUUUAUCAACGUACAGUAAUCCCAUUUCACCCCUUGACCCUCCCCCUUACACCUUCCCCUCUGUUUUGCGCAUUCACGUGGAGGGGUAGGUAGGGCUGUCCCAAAUCACGCUAAUGUGCAGGGGUAGGGGUAAGGGGGAGGGCUUUGCACCCCUCAAAACAGGGUUACACGAAAUUUCCCAGGGUGCAAAGCGAUUACCCAGAGUACAACGCAAAUCAUUUCCAAAAUGGCGGAAGCAAGAAAAGAAGUACACAUAUCUCUGUUUGAUCACAUGGUGGACAAAAUGUGUAGGUUGAUGCGCCAUGCACCUAUGAACAUCGCUGAGCCGAGAAUGUGCCAUGUGCUGUUCCUGCUCCAGUCACCCCACUAUCUCUUCAUUGUUGUGUGUUGAUUGUUUUAUUGUUCAUUUUUUUAAAUCUGGUGAUAUGCAUACUGUAAUUUGCACUAUGUGCACUAUUUCUGAAAAGAAGCUGCUAAUAAAAGAAAGGAAUAACAGUUUGUGAGCAUGAUUAUCACAUCAACGUCAUAUGAACGACUA